AUGGCAACCUCAAACUCCAGCACCAUUGUGUCCUCCACAUUCUACCUCACAGGCAUCCCUGGUUAUGAAGAAUUUCACCACUGGAUUUCUAUUCCAUUUUGCUUCCUUUAUCUUGUUGGAAUAACAGGCAACUGUAUGAUCUUACACAUUGUGCGGACAGACCCCAGACUCCACGAGCCCAUGUAUUAUUUCCUGGCUAUGCUUUCACUCACUGACAUGGCCAUGUCUCUGCCCACCAUGAUUUCACUUUUUAGGGUAUUGUGGUCUAUUUCACAAGAGAUACAGUUCAAUAUUUGUGUGGUCCAAAUGUUUCUGAUUCAUACUUUUUCCUUCACUGAAUCAUCUGUGCUCUUGGCCAUGGCCCUUGACCGUUAUGUGGCUAUCUGCCACCCUCUGCGAUACGCUACCAUUCUCACGCCAAAACUUAUUGCCAAGAUUGGAACUGCCGCUCUGCUCAGAAGUUCUAUUUUGAUAAUUCCACUUAUGGCCCGUCUAGCUUUCUUUCCCUUCUGUGGCUCCCAUGUUCUUUCUCAUUCCUAUUGUUUGCACCAGGACAUGAUACGCUUGGCUUGUGCUGACAUCAGAUUCAAUGUCAUAUAUGGACUAGUCCUCAUUACUUUGUUGUGGGGCAUGGACUCCCUGGGCAUUUUUGUAUCUUAUGUUUUAAUUCUUCACUCCGUGUUAAAAAUUGCACCCCGGGAGGGUAGGCUUAAGGCACUCAACACAUGUGCAUCCCACAUCUGUGCUGUGCUCAUUCUGUAUGUGCCCAUGAUAGGGUUGUCUAUCGUCCAUCGUUUCGCCAAACAUUCCUCUCCUCUCAUUCAUAUCUUCAUGGCUCAUAUCUACUUAUUGGUUCCACCAGUGCUUAACCCAAUCAUCUAUAGUGUGAAGACCAAACAGAUCCGUCAAGGAAUCCUCCAUUUGAUUUUUUCUCCCAAAAUCACUUCUAUUACAAUGUAG